AGUGUGUUUGUGCAGGUGUGUCCUCAUCAGCUGCAUUAAACUGUGAUCAGCUGCGUGAACAGAAUUAUUAUUGCUCAUAGUAAUAAUUAUUGUAAUCAGAUCUGCAUUAAAGACAUCUGUGAAGAAGCAAACAUCUUUAUUUGAGAUCAGAGACAUCAAAGUCAAUGGCUUCCUUCUGCAUCAAUGAGACGUGGACUAACCGUCAAGUAUGUGAACUCCUGGAACGAGCCGGACUUGAACAAACUAGAUUUGAAGAAGGAGGAAUCGAUGGUAAACAGGCGCUAAAACUCAAGCAUGAAGACCUGACAAGGAUGGGCAUAACAGAUCGAAAGAAAAAUCUGGAAUACCUAAAUGUUAUCAAAAACCAACCCAAGGUGUUUAAUGAUCCUAUCCACGGAUCCAUCGAAUUACACCCAGUUCUUGUCAAAAUCAUUGACACGCCUCAGUUCCAGAGACUGUGGAACAUCAAGCAGCUUGGGGGCUCAUAUUAUGUUUACCCUGGAGCAUGUCACUCCCGCUUUGAGCACUCUAUUGGUGUCGCACACUUGGCAGGAGAGCUCGGAAAAAGUCUGAAAAACAAACAAAGUACUAUCAUCUCUGACAGAGACAUCCUUUGUGUGCAGAUUGCGGGUCUUUGUCAUGACCUUGGACAUGGACCCUUUUCCCACCUGUUUGAUGAACUAAUUCUUAGAGGAGAGAUAAGGCACGAGAAGAUCUCUAUACAAAUGUUUGACUACUUGGUGGAGGAAAAUGGCCUGAGACCACUGAUGAAGCUGUACGACCUAAGGAGGAGGGACCGGACCUUCAUUAAGGAGAUGAUUCAUCCUCCUCGAAGGGAAGAAGGAGAAGAAGCAACAGCAAAUGAGUGGCCGUAUGAAGGUCGUCCAAAAGAAAAGUCCUUCCUUUAUGAAAUUGUGUCAAACAAAACAAGCGGCGUUGACGUGGACAAGUUUGACUACUUUGCCAGGGACUGUCACUAUCUGGGUCUGCGGAACAACUUUGACCAUCAGCGUUUCAUGUUGUUUGCCAGGGUGUGUAAAGAGGCUGGCAAUAGAAAGACACACAUCUGCAUCAGAGAAAAGGAGGUGAACAGUCUCUAUACAAUGUACCAGACAAGGUAUUACCUCCACAAACGUGCCUGCCAGCACAAAGUGAAGUAUGGUAUAGACCUCAUGAUAAAAGAUGCCCUUGAUGCUGCAAAUGGAACUAGGAUUGGUGGACUUGGGCGGACACUAAAUGAAGUCAAGCGGGACAUUCAAAAUAAUCAAAUGGCUUCCUUCACACAACUCACUGAUUUUGUGUUUCAACAAAUACUUGACUCUGCUAACGGUGAACUGGCAAACGCAAAAAGGAUACUAAGGAGGAUCAACUCUCGGGACCUCUACAAGUGUGUGUUUGAAAGGGAGGUUCAAGGAGGCAUUAGGGUCGAACAGAGGCAUAUUGACAAUCUGAAACAAAGACUGAUUGAAUUCUCUGGGAACAUCCUGACUGAGACAAACUUUGAAGUAGUGAAAGUCACUAUAGACUAUGGGAUGGGACAUGAGAACCCUGUCAAUAACAUGUAUUACUAUACAAAGCAAGACCCUGACACAGCAAUAAGGAAUUCUGGGCAACAGAUUCCCCAUUUGAUCCCAGAGGCAUUUUCUGAGACAGUGGUCAGGGUGUACUACAAGGAGACAGAUCUCUUAAAUCCCCAGAGCAUUAUAAUUCCAUUUGAUGCAUGGCACCAACGAGUCCGUCAACAGCAGGCUUGAGGAGUACGAGGGCAACCAGAGGCUGGAAAUCAAAACGUGGAUCAACAAUAAAACAAAUGUUUUUGAUAUGAGUUAAAUCAGAAUAAUCAGAGAUGUCUACAAGAUAAAAAUAGUAUAGCAAAUCAUGAAUACUCUGAUCCACUAAACUUGACUCCACUGUCUUAUCUUAGAGAGAAAUUGUCUGAAGGUAUUUAGGUUUUAUCAUAAAUCCUGUGUUUUGUUGUGGUGUGUUGUGGGGGUGUUUAUCUUACAUUCUUAUUCCUAUCUAUACUAAACUGUAUCAUUGUUGCAUAUGUCUGUGCUAAAAUAUAACAUAAUGUCAUAAACAUCUCUCACUAUGUAAACUGCGAAAUGAUUUAGUCUAAACACUUGGGAUUGUUGUAACAUUCAUUUGUGUUUUAAGUGAUUUUCUUUUCAUAUAAUAUAACAUUUUGUUUCAAUGUUGAUCUUCAUUAAAUUACGGUAAUAGGGAAUUUUUAUUACAUAUUAUUUUGACUUUGUUUGGUGGUCAUUAUGGUUCCAGCUUGGCUAUUUAGUGUGUCACUCCUCACAGUUUUCUCACAGUGUUUAUUUUUUGUGCCUUUUUUGUGGCGGUGGUGGUAUUUUAUGGUGUUUCUUCAUUAUUAUUGAGUUCUGUCAAAAUUAAGAUUUAGUUUUGGAUUUGUUAAUUUUUCUAGAUAGUUGUGCAAAGCAUUAAACCAUGUUGGGUAUCUUGAGAUGACUUUGGUUGUGAAUUGGUGGUAUAUGAAUUAAAAUCAAAUGAAUUAAAAUUGAA